CCCAUUUAGCCCAUCAUAUCCAUCAAAUUUCCUUAGCCCAUUUGUCAGACGAAUUCAACCCGGAAACCAAUUGCUCCGCCGCUCGGAGCACACUAGUCGCCGAUCGCCGCCCGUCGCCCGCCGCCGCCGCCGCAACUGAAAUUAUGGGCUCAGAGAUGGAGAUAGUCGAGCAAAGGCUAAACACUUUUGUAAGUCAGCUGCAGACAGAGUUUGCCAUUCUCGAUCGUCUCGUUUACAAAAAUAAAAACCAGCAUAGAAGAUGCUCAUAUUUUCAGUACCUCUUAAAGGUGCGAAGAGAUGUGAGGCUCCUCCAAACAACUAACUUGGAGGAGGUUUUGAGUGACUCCUUUCAAGUUCUUAACGGAAAAAGACCCAAGCAAAAAGUGCAGCUUCUGGAAAGCCUAAAGAGGAGAAGAUCUAAUGGUGGCAAAUAUAACUUUCUGGAGCGGCUUUUAGGGGUUGCGCAUCUGUUGUCACAGAUGGUUGAGCCAGUUUUAAGGGCCGCGUCGGAGAUAUCCACACUUCUUGCACGAUCAUUUUUUAUGGGAUUUUCGCUGACAGUAUUGUCCUUGCUUGCCCGAAUAAGAGUUCUAGUUCAGCAAAUUCUUCUAGAUGUUGUUUGUGUAUUCAACAAUGUUUCCUCUUUAUCACAGAGGGAACAAGCCAUCAAAUUGACUCAAGAUGGUUUUGAGGUUUUUAGAGAAUAUUUUCCGCCAAAGCAGCAGGUGGUCUUCCUCGAAUGUAUUUGGGAAUCUGAUAAGUAUAUGUUAGUUGAGAGACAAAAUCAGAAAGAUGUUGGAAGCCAGGAAAAGGAUGUUGGAGAAGAUGUUUCUGUAGAAGCAUCUAAGGUUCAGUAUGAAAGCAUUGGGCUUUUCCUAGGAGAUGAUGAACCUGGACAGACGGCCUCUAAAGAUUCAGCUGAGGAUGGUCAAACUAUGAAGGACAACGAUAUAGUAGAUUCCUUGGAGGAUCCUAUCCAAGAUAGUAAUGAUGAAUCUCAAGCUCAAGUUGAUUCAACUAUUGCAGAACCUUCUGGAAAUAAUUUUGAUGCUCCUGAAGCCGGAGCACUUCCAAGUUCAUCACGAGACAAGAAUCCUUCAAAAGCCAAACAUGGAUCAAGAAAUAGCGUUGCAUUUGUUUCAGUAAAAAGACCCAAACUGUCAACAAACAAUGAGUUGGGGUUUGACAUUCAUAGAACAGAAAAGGUUGAUAAUCCUGGUGUAGAUAAAGAAGAUCCAUUUUUCAGUUUACUUUUUAGUGGAAAUGUGAAGAGCAGUCUAUUCUGAACUUCACCUAAAUAGUUUUUCAUAUCUCCUUGUUUUUCUCUGUUAACUAGGCUGCGGCGCAUCUUUGCGUCCAUAUAUGUGAGUUGAUGCUCAAUCAUGUUCAAAUUUGGACAAUUUAUCCCAAUUGGUUUUAAAUUUUUAAA